AGGUCUACUCACAGCUUUAAGGCUCUGUAUCAAGAAUAUACAUGAGCCGUGAACCGUCCAGUGCAUUGGGAACUUCGGCGGGGAGAGGUUCCCCGUCCGCUGCCGGCAUUGACGCUCAGCCUGAGUCUCCUCCAAGGACGACAACGAGGCUUCCGGAGUCUUUGGCACUGAAAUCACUUCCCAGUCUUAGUCGGACGCCGUCGGCAUCUGGCACCCUGGAAGCCUUGGCCUUGUUGUCGUCACCCCGUUCCUCGCCUGGCGGCCCCCGCUCUCGCUCUCCCUUGCCUCCUCGCCCUACGUCGUCGCCUCGUAAUGCAUCCGGCAGUCCCUCCCUGCCACUCCCGACGUUCAUGUCCCCGACCGCCUCGUCCACGAACCGCUCCUCUCUGACCGGUCUGCCUGAUCAGCUUGUCAUUCAUGGCCCCUCUUCCUUGUCUUCACCCUCAUCCCGUGUCCUGAAUGCCUCCCCGAUUGUGGGUGAGCUGCACAAGAUCAAGGAAGAAGAGAACGAAGAUCACAGUGAAAGCGGACGAUCCCGAAACUCGAGUGCAGCUUCAACCAGCCUAGCGAGUGGGCGUUCGCGUGAUCCGAGCAUCGUCAUGGCGAGCGGGCAGGAAAUCCAAUCGCAAAACUCAUCCCCUUCAGUGCUUGCCGUGCCCACCUCGUCGGGAUCUGCUUCCUCUACCCAUCUGGGGGCAGCCACGACCUCUCACACGUCCCCAAAAGCGAAGGCCAAUGGCGACGUCUUUGACCGCCUCUUUGCUGGGCGUCCCUCCCGCCCUUCCACGCCAGCGGAGAGGGAGACGUUGACCGCCGAGCACACCUUCCAACCCAAUCUGGCCAAGGUGGAAAAAGACAGGCACAAGGGAAUGGAGAGGAGGGAGGACGGCCUUGUCUUCGAACGGCUGUACAAGCAGGGCGUGGGCCAGGCAGAAUGUCGUCUGAAAGCGGCGGAAAUCAAAGCUAAGCAGGAAAGUGCAAGCUGUUCUUUUGCUCCAAGACUGGUGACCGAGGAACACAAGCGAUUGCGAGGCUCGCCCUCCCCUCCCGCCCCUGAGCAUGCCGCCGACUCCCCCCCCGUGCAUGAACGGCUUUACAAGGGCCUGGAAAAGCGUUUGGACUACUUUGAAAAGGCGGAGAAAAGGAAAUCAGAGAAGGAAACUCACGGUUGCACCUUCAUUCCUGCGAUCUUGAAGACCCCCGUGGCUAUGAAAGCAGCGGCAGCGGGCUUGAGGGCCGAAACUGGAGAGGCCGGAGAGGCGAAGGAGGGAGUGGGGAGACAGGAAGAGACAGAGGAGAAGGCUGGGGAGGGAAAGAAAGAAAGCGCUUCGAAAAAGGUCUGGGAGCGCUUGUAUCACGCGCGGGUGCCGUUGGAGGCGAAGAAAGCCCGCCAACGUCAGGAAUACGAGGAUCAAGUCUUACCAUUUCGGCCUGAGCUGGUUACCAAGACAAACGUGAGAGAAGAGAGAAGCAGGGCCGGGGAACAAGCGGGCAGCAAGCCUGGCUACACAGAUGCCCAUGGACGUCUGUACGAAGAGUCUAUCGCUCGCAGACAGCGGGCUUUGCACCGGGAAGUCCAAAUGCCUGAAGGGUGCACUUUCCAACCCAACAUACAAGUGCUCACUUUGAAAGAGCAGAGCUCAGUAUCGAUGACACGGGCAGGGUCACCGAAUGACGCAUUACGGAUGGACGCCAUGUACCGACGUGGAACGGAGAAAGGAAAGCAACAGCUCGAACAUGAAAUUGCCUCCCGCCCACCGCCGCCGAAAUCGGACGAGGAGGAAUGCACUUUUUUCCCCCAAACAAAUGUGAAGGCGAAGCGUGCCAGAUGAGACCCAGAGGGAUCUUGAACGGUUCAAGAUAUUGGGCGCGGUGUCGUGCUUGACGCCGACUUGAUUUGUUUUGAUAAGAAAAAGGAAACGCUCGAUUAAUUAUCAUUGACCGCUCGCGUCGGGAGCAGAGACGUCGAUCAAACAAGUGAAAAGGACAGUGACAUGAAAGAGUGAAUGAGAAAGCCAAGUCAGGACGGAGAGACAGCAGCUUUAAGUGGGCGGAAAGCACUUUGUCGGACUCGAGGGGGGGAUGGAAGGCUCUGAAUGGGAGGAAAGGGAAGAAGAUGGGGGCACAACUAUCAGGAUUGAGUUGGCUUACGAGGUCACUACAAGAGAAUGAACAUUCCUGACAACAUACGGAAGAAGGAGAGAAAGAUGAAUUAAGAUGUGAUGUUACUGUGCAGAGAGUAAUUUCCUCCCAUCCCAUCGAAGUCAAGCGUAGGAUGUACCAAAAUAGAGGAAAAGGACACCGUACACACCUCCCGAUAUUUACACAUGGCCGAGGAGGCCAUCUAUCCUGAGAGCAUGAUGUGGGAGUGUAUAUAUUAAAUAUCUACAAUGUAAUCCGGCGUCGUGGUCGACUUGAAUGAAUUAUACGAAAGGAAGAAAAAAAAGAGCCUUGGAAGCAGCUAGGGGAACCAGAGAAACGAACGGGCCCGUUGAGGCGUUUCUAGCGUCCCUGCCGAGCCAUCGAAAAGCCCCC